AUGUAUCUUCAAUCUCGUUGUUCAAUUACUUCAACGACCAGUUUACUUCCUCCACCUAUUUCAACUGUGUCAAAAAUUAUCUUUAUAAUUGAUGAUAUUCAUUUUGCUGAUGAAAGUUCUCUUAAACAUUUACUUACAUUAGGUAGUCAUAGUAAAUGUUUAUUAAUUCUUUCAAUGAAACCACCAAGAAAUAAUCAUAAUGAUGGAUCAAUAUCAACUACUUUACAAUCAAUAAGUACAGAUUCACGUGUUUAUCUUCGUCGUUUACCUGGUUUAGAAUUACGUUAUUUAGCAACACUCGGAUGUCAAAUAUUAUCUGUUCAUCGAAUUCCAGCUAAACUUGUUAAAGUAUUUAAUGAAAGUUGUAAUGGUAUUCCUGGUUUUUGUGAACAAAUCUUAUUUGAUUUAUUAAGUAAAGAUAAAAUCUAUAUUGUUGAUGACGAGAAUAAUAAUUCAUAUAAUGAUGAUUCAAGUUUAAUUGAAGGUGAUGCUGAUAAACUUUUAUUAAAUAGUCAAAUAAGAAUGGGUUUAUUUAAAACAUUUUUUUCACGUCGAAGACAACAAAUAACAAAUGAACAAUAUCAAAAUGAACGUGCUUUUUCUCGUAUAUGUUUAUUACGUAAUCCAAUUGAAAAUGAUUUUAAUGCUGAUUGUCAACAAAAUUUUCAAAAUUAUAUUAUGUGUCGUAUUGAUCGUUUAUCUGAAGGUGAAAGUCUUCUUGUUAAAAUAGCUACUGUUAUUGGUAAUACAUUUUCACGUACAUUUUUAUGGCAUUUAGUUGAUCCAAAAUCAAAACAAUUAAUUAAUAUUCAUUCAUGUAUAUUAGAAAUGAUGCAACGAACAAUAAUUGAAUGUGCUUUUAGUAAACAACAAAUAACAAAAACACGUUCAAUUAAAUGUUAUUGUUUACAAAAUCCAGCUGGUUUUCCAUCACAAUGUCGUCUUAUGGCAUUUACACAUUCAACAAUACGUGAAGGAAUAUAUAAUUCAUUAACAGAUGGUUUAAAACGUUUAUUAACACGUAGUGCUAUUGAUUAUUUAGAAAAACAAUGUAAUGUUGUUUGUUUAACAUGUGCAGCAAAUAAAAAUGAUAGUCCAUUUCUUGUUGAUGAACAUAAUGGUUUAACUAAAAUUAUAAAAAUUAGUCAACAACAUGCUUUUGUUGAUAUUGUUAAAAUGGCUGCAUUAAAAGAAAUUGAUAAUACUAUUAAAAAAUUAUCAAAUUUAAAUGAUUCACCAAGAUAUUCACGUUCGAAAAGAUUAUCACAUGCAGUACAUGAAUCGGAUACAGAAUUAAAUGAAAAUG